AAAUUCUUGAUCUAUCUUAAAUUAAAAACCAUUUGUUGACUCUAUAACCACGAUCUCUCUUCUGCUUGGAAUUCUCUAUCCUAUUUUUCAUCUCAUAUUCUAACCAUUGAUUAUGCCAUGAUUGGAUCUUGGCACAGUGCUCUGCAUGUGUUCUUGUGUUAAUCAGCUGCCCCUAAUCCCCUAGGAGACCAAUCUACUGCUGCUUAGCUCCUGAUACAAAUUUGCACAUUGCCCGGUGAAAAUUCAGCAACUGAGCAAGCCAACAAGAGCCUGGGUUUCUGAACUCUGACUAGCAGUUUCAUCAGAUUGGUUUGAGCUUGGGAGAGAUCGAUGGGGUGCGUGUCGUCCAAGAUCCUGAGCAAAUCAGGGAGCUUCCAGGAGAAGGUGGUGAGCCAUGGAUUCAAGGGGAGCAACCUGAUCGAGGAGAUCAUCCUGUCCACCCCCAAGAAGAGCAACGGCGAUCAGUUCUUGGCCCUCCUCCGCACGUCCACCUCGUCGGCGUCGGCGGCGGCGAGCAGGGCCAAGGACGCCGCCGAUCAGAGCACCACGGCGGCGGCGGUGGCCGCCGAGGAGUUUGUCAAGAUCGAGACGAUCAACGUGUCCGAGCUGCUCGCCGGGCUGGAGGAGGAAGAGGAGGAAGAAGAACGCGACGACGGCGAGAGGUGUUCGGCUCAGGCGUGCGUGCUCGAUGGCGCGGUGGCGACGCCGGCGAGGGCGACGAGCUUUCGCACCGUGGAGGAGUUCGACGCGCUGGUGACGCGGAGCGGCUCGUCGGAGGUGGCGGAGGCAGCCUCCUCCGCCGAUCAAGACGCGACGGGCGCCAAACCGUCGGAGCAAGAGGAGGCCGCCACCGCCGCCGCCGGGAACAAGAGGCGGGCGAGGGCGAGGCAGCUCGGCGAGCUGAAGGUGCCACUGCCACCGGCGUUCGACUUCUCCAAGUCCGGCAGCCUGCGCGACUGGCUCCUCCAGGGCGGACAGAUAUUCUCCCCGGGCUCCUACGUCACCCCCAAGUUCGGGACGACCUCACCGGCGCCUUCGCCGCCGCCGCCGCAAGAACGUGGAGGAGUACUCCACAACGCCGGCGAGCCGCAGCCGCAGCACACCGUGUUUGAUCCCGAGCUGGUCGCGCAGUUCGAGCAAGCCAUGGAGCGGCUGUCCGAGGACGAGGAGCGCGUCUUGGAGAAGAUCCUGGAAGCCAUGGGAGCGGCGGCGGAGGAGGAGGAGGAGGAGGAAGCGACGGCGACGGCGACGGCGAGGCUGGAGAUGCCAAGCCAUCGGCCGGUGAUGGUGGUGCAGGAGUAGGCGACGGUUUUGGUAGGUUUUUGCAGCCGCGCGUGUGUGAUGUGAUCUGUAAUUUUAAACCCUGUGCUUGCAAAAUGUAAAUAUGAAUGUGUUCAGUGAUGAUUUCUGUCGUGUCUCGGCAAAUUCCAAUUCAGUUCAAAUUCAGUCUGCCAA